UCAGCUAGCAUCAUAACCAAUAAUCAUUUCCAUCCCAAAAUGGGAUUGUCGUAUUAGAUUAACUUCAUAACUCCUACCUAAACUUCACUCUCUGAGUGCAACUACUGUUUUAUCUUCUUCUUUGAGUUCUCUUUUCAUCUUUGAAGAAAAUGGUUAUUGAAAACGCUGCUCGGAAUGUCGUCGGCAUCAUGGGAAAUAUCACAUGCUUCUGUUUGUUUAUCUCACCCGUGCCGACGUUCUAUAAGAUAUGGAAGAAAAAUGCGACUGAGGAUUUCUCACCUUUACCAUAUAUAGCAGCCGCUCAAAACUGCAUGCUGUGGGUUUUCUACGGCCUUCCUUUCGUGAAGCCCAACAACAUACUCGUGGCCACCGUCAACGGGGUUGGGCUAUUCCUCGAGUUCAUCUAUCUCACAAUCUACUUCAUCUACACCCGCAAAAAGCAAAGAUUGUAUGUGCUCAAGUUCAUGGUUGCCGAGCUGGUGUUAAUGGUCAUCGUUGUUACGGUCACACUCACCUGCACGCACACUCACACGAAGCGGACUCUGAUUGUCGGCAUCUUGGCUUGUAUCUUCAGUGCCUACAUGUAUGCUUCGCCGCUUUCUAUAAUGAGGAUGGUUAUACAGACUCGGAGUGUGAAAUACAUGCCGUUCUAUCUCUCGUUGGCUGGCUUCCUCAACGGUCUUUGUUGGAUGGCUUAUGCUCUCAUAAAAUUGGACCUCUUCAUCGCGGUUCCAAAUGGGCUGGGUGCAUUGCUUGGUGCAGUCCAGUUGAUUUUGUAUGGUUGCUAUUAUAGCUCAACGAUGUGGUAUGAGGAUGAUCAGAAGCCCAAGUCAGAGGUGCAGCUUCAAGCACCAGCGUCUACAGUUGCCCCCGGCGGUGGAUCAUCUGAGUUUCAUUCUAUUGCCAUGUCAUCCAGAUGAUCAUGAUUGGACCGUCCAUCAUCAGUGCACCGCUUUCAUCGCUUUGGAUUGCAUUUGUUACUUUUAGUAGUUUGUUUUUACAUCCGUUCAUUUAGUGGACCUUUCUCUUUGUAAGAAGUAUGAUGUGUGGAUGAUGUUGAAAAUUUUCAAUAAUACCAC